AAAACCGGAUCAGCUGAGUCCACUUCUCCUGGUGGUUUUCACGUCACGCUGGAAUCUCGCCUCCCUCCAGCAGCCAUGGAUGAAAUGGAGGAAGAGUUAAAAUGCCCUGUGUGUGGCUCCUUCUUCAGGGAGCCCAUCAUCCUGCCGUGCUCGCACAACAUUUGCCAGGCUUGUGCUCGGAAUAUCCUGGUCCAGACCCCGGACGCGGAGUCCCCCCAGAGCAGCAGAGCCUCUGGAUCCGGGGUCUCCGACUAUGACUACCUGGAUUUGGAUAAGAUGAGUUUGUACAGUGAGGCAGACAGUGGUUAUGGGUCUUAUGGGGGCUUCGUCAGCACUCCAACCACCCCUUGCCAAAAAUCACCAAACGGGGUUCGGGUUUUCCCCCCUACUGUCCCCCAGCCACCACCACCCCAGCACCUCCUCCACCAGCCCGGAUCCCUACCCCCAAUCCCCCGCAACUCCUGCAUCACCUGCCCGCAGUGCCACCGCAGCCUCAUCCUGGACGACCGGGGGCUGCGCGGAUUCCCCAAGAACCGGGUCCUGGAGGGGGUGGUGGACCGGUACCAGCAGAGCAAAGCGGCCGCCCUGAAGUGUCAGCUGUGUGAGAAGAGUCCGAAGGAGGCCACGGUGAUGUGUGAGCAGUGCGACGUCUUCUACUGCGACCCCUGCCGCCUGCGGUGCCAUCCCCCCCGCGGACCCCUCGCCAAGCAUCGCCUCGUGCCGCCCGCGCAGGGGAGGAUAAGUCGGCGCACCAGUCCCCGCAAGAUCUCCACCUGCACGGAGCACGAGCUGGAGAACCUGAGCAUGUACUGUGUGCAGUGUAAGACUCCAGUGUGUUACCAGUGUCUGGAGGAGGGGAAGCACGGCACGCACGAGGUCAAAGCUUUGGGCGCAAUGUGGAAACUGCACAAGGGUCAGCUCUCUCAGGCUCUUAACGGGCUGUCAGACCGAGCCACUGAGGCCAAGGACUUCCUGGUCCAGCUGAGAAACAUGGUGCAGCACAUCCAGGAGAACGGCGUGGAGUUCGAGGCCUGCUUGGUGGCGCAGUGCGACGCCCUCAUCGACGCCUUGAAUCGACGCAAAGCUCAGCUGCUGGCUCGAGUGAACAAAGAGCACGAACACAAGCUGAAGGACGUCUCUGUGGUGGAGGACGUCUCUGUGAUGGAGGACGUCUCUGAGGUGGAGGACGUCUCUGUGGUGGAGGACGUCUCUGUGAUGGAGGACGUCUCUGUGGUGGAGGACGUCUCUGUGAUGGAGGACGUCUCUGUGGUGGAGGACGUCUCUGUGAUGGAGGACGUCUCUGUGAUGGAGGACGUCUCUGAGGUGGAGGACGUCUCUGUGAUGGAGGACGUCCUGCAGCUGACGGAUGGGGGCAUCGCUAAAGGAGCCACGAUAGGAGUCCUGCUGGACUUCACUCGUGGGAUCCUGAUCUUCCUCCUGAAUGAUGAGCAGCAGGGUCCGGUGGCUUUUGAGACCCUGGAGGGCGCCUACUACCCGGCUAUCAGCAUCAACCGAAACGUCCAGGUCACCCUGCACACCGGACUACCCAUCCCGGACUUCUACACCCCGGGGGAGGCCGACCCCAACGGCUCCGUGUGCUAA